CAGACCCCCUGCAUCCUUCAAAGAUCGGAUUUUGGAAAGGUCCUCCGCCUACCCCAGAUCAGGGAGAGAUCCCCGUGUCGUCUGGUGCGUCGCGCCGCGCCUUCUCUUUAAUCUUUUUGUGCCUCUAGAGUUUGGGGUUCUUGGAUGGGCUGCUUUCCGUGCUUCAGCUCGACCGGCAAGGGGGAGGCAAAGAAGGAAGGUGGCGCUGGUGGUGGCAGUGGGGGCAGCGACCGUAAGGACGACUCGUCAGAUCGCCGUGUCACGCGGGUUGGAUCAGGUGGGCCCUAACACUAGAUCAUCUUCUGCUUUAGAUAAAUCAAACUCACAGGGUGGAUUCGACUCUAGGAAGGAUUCAAUAAUGCCAAGGGACGGGAAUGGUCAGCAUAUUGCAGCACACACUUUCACUUUUCGUGACCUUGCUGCUGCCACUAAGAACUUCAGACAAGAUUGUCUAUUGGGUGAGGGAGGUUUUGGCCGCGUAUAUAAAGGACACUUGGAAAAUGGGCAGGAUGUUGCAGUGAAGCAACUUGAUCGCAAUGGUCUUCAAGGAAAUAGAGAGUUUCUGGUCGAGGUCCUUAUGCUCAGUCUAUUGCACCACGAUAACCUGGUUAACCUAAUUGGAUACUGUGCUGAUGGGGAUCAACGUCUUCUUGUAUAUGAGUUUAUGCCGUUGGGAUCACUUGAGGAUCAUCUGCACGAUAUUCCACCUGAUAAGGAGCCUCUCGAUUGGAAUACACGGAUGAAGAUUGUUGCUGGUGUAGCCAAGGGCUUGGAAUUCUUGCAUGACAAGGCAAAUCCUCCUGUAAUUUAUAGGGAUUUCAAGUCAUCAAACAUUCUUCUUGGUCAAGGAUACCAUCCAAAACUAUCAGACUUUGGCCUGGCAAAACUUGGCCCUGUUGGUGACAAAACUCAUGUUUCAACUCGUGUUAUGGGAACUUAUGGCUACUGUGCCCCAGAAUACGCAAUGACUGGGCAGCUUACUGUUAAAUCUGAUGUGUAUAGUUUUGGUGUUGUGUUCCUUGAACUGAUUACCGGCCGCAAAGCAAUCGACAACACCAAGCCACUUGGAGAGCAAAACCUAGUGGCAUGGGCCCGUCCCCUGUUCAAAGACCGCAAGAAGUUUCCUAAAAUGGCUGAUCCAUUACUUGCGGGCCGUUUUCCUAUGCGGGGGUUGUAUCAGGCAUUAGCUGUUGCCGCAAUGUGUUUGCAAGAGCAAGCUGCCACUAGACCUUUUAUAGGAGAUGUGGUUAUUGCUCUUUCAUAUCUUGCUUCUCAGACAUAUGAUCCAAAUGCACCAGUUCAGCACAGCAGGAGCAAUGCAUCUACCCCAAGGGCCAGACCCCGUGGUGGUGGGAAUGGUGACCAACGGCGUCUCCACUCUCCAGAUUCUGGCUGUGGUUCUGGUCGGCGAUUGGGCUUGGAUAACAUGGACACGAACAGUUCACAGAUGGGCAGUCCAGCUUAUACAGGAAAGAAGAGGGAAUCAUCGCGGGGUACUGUCAGGCCGCGUGCAAUUGCAGAGGCCAAAACAUCGGGGGAGAACUCUAGAGAAAGGAAGUGACCAAUUGAAUGAGUAAAUCUCUGAAGCAAAAGGUUCAGUUCAGUCGUCGUUCUAGGGAAAAAGAUGAGUCACUUGCAGCACCCAACUGGAUCGACUUAAGUAAACGGGCAUUUGCUCCUUCUCGGCUCUGCAGCCUGUGUGAAUAGAACUUUCUCUUCUUUCUUUUUUUCCUUUUCCUAGGGACAUAAUCACCACUGCUUCAGUUUCUCUCGUCCAUAAAAAUAGUAUCGCUGCAUCACCAUUGACGCGCCUAUUCCUGGCGUCCAUUCCUCGUGAUUGAUCAUGCAAAUUUGCCUUUUAUCAUCAUCAUGAAGACGAACACCGUCUAGCUGGAAAUGUAGGUAGAAAGCAAAAGGAGAAAUAUGCUCUAGAGCUAUCAACUGGGUAUCUCAUGUUGGUGUUACAUGAUGAGUGUCAGCGGCUGCACCAUUGUUUCUGAGUGUAGAGCUUUAUAUGAAGUCUGCAUACCGAGGGAUGUGUUGUUCUUUUUUUGUUCUCUCUUUUUUUUUCAAUGGUUUGUACCUAUAGGGGUACGGCAUUUUACCUGUGUUUUUCAUACAUCUGUCAUUUGACAUUUUUAUGUUAUCAGUUGUUUUAUCUCUAGCAGUAAGCUGUUCUUCAUUGCAUCUAAGCUGUGUCUUUUUUGGCUAUGGUGCUUCCGGUAUAAACUAUU